AUGAAAUCAACUAUAAUCUUCCUUUUAAUCUUGUAUUAUCUGGGAGCCGAGGCAAGUAGAUGCAAAUUUUGCACUAAAUUAAUCGACUGGCCAGUUUGUGGAUUUAACCAGCGAUGUUACACCGUCUUUAGGAACUCAUGCGAAAUGGAAAUGACAAAUUGCCACCUGCCCGAAGAAUACAGGUUCAAAGAAGUGACAGCUUUUGGAUUGUGUGUUAGGCCUGGUAUCAAAAAGUGCAAGGGUCAUGUAUUAAAAGAGAAGCUGGAAAGUAUAAGCGCCGAUCAGGUCGAAAUAUUUUCUUAACUU